UUUUUUUUUAAUUAUUUCCAAUUACAAUAAACAUGGAAGACGAGAUUGUUCAAAAAAUAUAUAGAUUAGCUAGUGAAUUAGUUUAUCAGCAACAGAAUAAUCAAGAUCUUGCUUCAGGUUUAAGUUCUCAAUUAUCUGAAUUAAAAAAUAAAGCAAGUACAAAAUAUAAUUUAGAUGUUCAAGACAUUUAUAUACCUAAUCCUUUAUUACCCGAACAAAGAGAUGAAAUUAUAGAAAAUUUAAAAUCGCAAUUGGACAUUGCAAUAGCAGAAAAAAAAGCAACCACCUUGUUGAAUCAGCAACUACAAGCAGAAGUAAAAGAUUUACAAUCUAUUAUAAGGGAAUAUGAAGAAGGUUUUGAAAUGAUGACAAGUAAACUUAGAGUGCAUGCUAAUACAAGAACAGAAGGUCAAAUAAGGCUUAAAAGAGAAUAUGAAGCUCUACUUGAUGCGGAAAAAAGUACAACGGCAGCAUUAUUUAUGGAAAAUAUAAUGCUUCAAACACAACUUCGAAAAUUAUCAAACUGUUUACGUAAAGUAUUUGAGCAUGAAUCAUCAGAAGAUAGCCAUGAACAAGAAAUAGUUCAGUUAAAAAAAGAGAAUCAAGCUUUAUUAGAAUUGUUAAAGGUAUCCAAAUUAUCAGAACAAGAGCCUAUGAUAGAAGAAAAGUCAUCCCCUGUUUUAAAAGUAAUAAGAACUGCAGGCGUUGUUGAAGAAUUCUUUAAUGAUGAAUAAAUACUAGUUGAAUUAUUAUACCCUAUUCUUUUUUUAUUACGUAAUACGAUUUUCCCACUUUUGAUUUCGUAAUAUAAUCCAUCCUUUUAAUUUAAUAAAUAGUAUCAAUUUAUAUUGAGAAGGAAUGAAUACUACAGAUAAGGGUCAUGAAAAAAGAAAAAUAAGUGAAUUGCAAGUUAACAUCUUUUUUUUUUUU